GCGCGCCUCAUGUUGGGCUGUACGCAUAUCCAGCGCCGAGCUAAGGAUCCAAACGCGUACACAAAGACAAGAGUUCUGCAUUUGAUCAUCUUGGACCAAUCCAUGUUAAAUGUAUUCCUGUAGUUGAAAUGCUGGUCUGACACCUCCUCCUUCAUUACUCCCCAGCAAAUUCAUCCAGCUCCCUUCCGGAUGGCCGGAGCAGUGAUGGACAGCAUUGUGAUCCUGGAUGAUGACGAUGAAGAAGCCUCCACAUCUGCCUCCUGUUCUAAAGCUCUGAACUGCCAGCCAAGAACACCUCCGAAUAAACAGCAGACACAGCCAACACACAUCACACAGUCUCCAUUCGCCUCUGCAAAGAAAGACACUCGUGUUCUAAAAGUAGAGAAUGAAAAACUGUUUGCAGAGUUUGUGGAACAUUGCACCAAACAUGCGGUGGAUCACCCGGAGGUCGUGACCUACCUGCAGUCCAGAUACUCCAAGGCUCUGCCGACAUUCUUGUCAUCGGUGGAGUUUCGUAACACUCUCGGCCGCUGCCUCACACGCGCACAGGCGAACGCAGGCAAAACCUUCGUCUACAUUAAUGAACUCUGCACAGUUCUUAAGCAGCACACAGUUAAGAAACGGACCUCCAUACAGCCUCUUCCUUCUGAGGGGAAAAUAGAGGACACCAUCAAUGGAGGGAAUGUAAAACAGGAGGAGCAGGGUAAAGAAGAAGAGGAAAAUCAGGAGGAAGAGAAGAAAACGAAAAGGGCUUCGAGGAGACAGAUAGCAUACCUGGAGAACCUCCUGAAGGUUUACAAUGAGGAGAUCAGACGACUUCAGGAGAGAGAAUUGAGCGUGGAGGAUCUGGAGAAGGAGGAUUCCAGUUAUAUUCAAGAGCACAAGCUCAAACGCAAGAUGAUGAAGAUCUAUGAGAAACUGUGUGAGCUGAAGGGCUGUAACACACUGACGGGUCGAGUGAUCGAGCAGAGGAUUCCCUAUAAUGGAACACGCUACCCAGAGAUCAACAAAAAGAUCGCACGCUACAUUAACAGCGCCGAUGUUCUUCACAAUCCUCCGGACUACAGUGAUAUCUUAAGGGUGGUGGAGCGAGCCAGUGACCGUUACAAUCUCCUGCUCUCCCGCAAACAGAUCACUCAGAUCGCUCAGGAAGCCUUUAGAGAGACGGGCAACAAACUGCAGGAAAGACGGCAUCUCGACAUGGUUUACAACUUCGGCUCUCACCUCACAGAUUUAUAUAAACCAACGUUAGACCCCGCCCUCUCUGACCAAACACUGCAUCGCAAACUUCGCUCCAAUAGGGACACGGCUCUCAGCAACCUGGAGGAUUUGAUCAACAAAUACGCUGUUAAACAGGAAGACGUGGAGGUAGAGGAGAUCAGGAAAAAGCAAGAGCGAGACAAACAGAAAAAACAGGCACUUAACGGGCAGCAGAAUGACAGCAAAGAGAAAGAGAGCGAGGAGACGAAAGAGAUUGAGGAGCAGGAUAAAGUUGAGAAGGAAGAUGAUGAGGAAGAGGAUUAUUCUUCAGAUCCUGAUAUUGAAGAGGAAAUCCAAGCCAGUCAGGCACAAGUCGGCCCAGAUGACGAUGAAGAGGACGUUGAAGAUGAGCAAUUAAACAGUGACAACGACCAGCCAAUCACAGAGAGCGCUCCUCCGUCAAUUAAAUCAUCUGUCCAGGACACAGAGGAGGAUCAGGGUGAGGGGGGCGAUGAUGAUCAGCAGUUACCAGUCAGCAGCACAAGUAAGGCGGUAAUGGCCACAAAUGGCAGACCAGCUAAACAAAGUCCUCUGACCUCAAAGGGCAACAGCCAAUCAGAGGCAUUGAACUCUACACCUGUCAAAACAGAACUCAAUUCGUCGAAUCACUGUACGCCUGUGUCUAAAAGCACCAGUUACUGCACUGAGAUCACCACCAAUCAGGACUCAUCCGUUGGGAUGAGAUCAGCUAGUUGCAGUCCACUACCUCAAAGUCCUGUGCUGAUUGAUGAGAGGGGCAGAUACAAGAAGAGGAAACGCACCUCAAGUGAGAAACAUACGGCUGUCCAUAAUGGGAACGAAUGCACACAGGACAGCAGCAGUUACUGUGAUAUACCUCUGGAUAUGGGUGUGAUCCCUGAGCGAGUGGAUUUAACCAGGGCGACAACUCCCACUCAGGGCAACAUCAACAGCCCACCACUCACACCACCACCCAAGAGAAAUAAGGUGAACGCGGCAACACAGUGUGAUCCAGAGGAAGUGAUCGUUCUUUCUGAUUCAGAUUGAGCUCUGGAAUCCGCUUCCUGUUCCAACAGUGCCUGCCAAUGUGAACAAAAAAACUUUUUGUGUUUUAGGAAUUCAAGUUUUGAACUGAUGAUACUUGCAAUGCCACGUCACACUUUUUUAUACGAAGAAAACGGCGUAUUGUUAUUCAUUUAGGGUUUAAAGGUAUUUUUGUACAUUGGAAAUGGCUAUCAUCUUUAAAUAGUCUUAUUCCAGGAGCUUAUCUUGUAUUUUAUUUAUGGCGUCAGUGGAGGGUUUGAUAGCGAUCCUCAGCUGUGCCAAGAGUUUGAAGGGGAAAA